AUGUUCUCCAAACUGAAGCUCAAGCGCGAGCUUUCGCGAAGCAAGGACCCCAACAAACAGUCCAAAAAGAACAAGGACUCCAAAGACGGCACCGCCUCGCCCUCCUCCAGUAACGCCCGCGACUCCGCCGGCCAGUCCCCCGUCCUCACACCAUCUUCUUCCACCUCUACUGUCAACGACAUCCGCAACAAGCCUCUGCCACCAGGCAACGCAACCAAUGCCCUCGGCAGCAUCGCCGGUAGCGAGCAUAUCGGCGGCGGCGGCCCUGCCUCUGUUUCCGGCCAACCCCCGCACGUUGGCGGCCUGAGCGGCCUCCAAGCCAACCCGGGCGUGCCCGACCGCUUCAGUAGCAUGGGCGGUGCACAGCCGGGAGCCUCGGGUGCCGGUAACGCCGGCGCUGGCUCUGGCACCAACUCACCCGGCCGCCUCGGCCAGCUGCCACCAACCGUCAUUGUCAGCCCCAGCGCGCCCCACGUCCCUCCACCGGGCGCCGCCGAGACCAUGCCACACGACCUGGCGCCGCCCAAGGCCGGCCAGAAGUCGCUCGUCUAUGACCGCCUGCUCCAGUCCACGCCCAAAGACGUCCCCGAGGGCCUGCGCACACCAAAACGCCAGCACUCGUCGCGCUUUGAUAUCUCCUCGCACCGCGAGCUCGACAAGCUCCCCGGCUUCCACGAGGUGCCUCCCAACCGCCGCCAGGACCUGUUCAUGCAAAAGAUCGACCAGUGCAACGUCAUCUUCGACUUCAACGACGCGAGCUCCGAUAUGAAGUCCAAGGAAAUCAAGCGUCUGGCCCUGCACGAGCUGCUCGACUACGUUGCCAACAACCGCCAGGUCAUCACCGAACCCAUGUACCCGCGCGUUGUCGAGAUGUUCGCCAAGAACCUGUUCCGCCCCAUCCCGCCACCCGUCAACCCGCAGGGCGAGGCCUUUGACCCAGAGGAGGACGAGCCUGUGCUGGAAGUCGCCUGGCCACACAUCCAGGUCGUUUACGAGUUCUUUUUGCGCUUCAUCGAGAGCCAAGAUUUUAACACAAACAUUGCCAAGGCGUACAUAGACCACAGCUUCGUCCUGCAGCUGCUCGAGCUGUUCGACUCCGAGGACCCGCGCGAGCGCGAUUUCUUGAAGACCACCCUGCAUCGCAUCUACGGCAAGUUCCUGAACCUGCGCUCCUUUAUCCGACGCUCCAUCAACAACGUCUUCUUCCAAUUCACCUACGAGACCGAGCGCUUCAACGGCAUCGCCGAGCUUCUUGAGAUCCUGGGCUCCAUUAUCAACGGCUUUGCUCUGCCGCUCAAGGAGGAGCACAAGCUGUUCUUGACCCGCGUCCUACUUCCGCUGCACAAGGUCAAGAGUCUCAGCAUGUACCACCCGCAGCUGGCCUACUGUAUUGUCCAGUUCCUCGAAAAGGACGCAUCGCUCACAGAAGACGUCGUCCUGGGCCUGCUGCGGUACUGGCCCAAGGUCAACAGCACAAAGGAGGUCAUGUUCCUUAACGAGGUCGAAGACAUCUUCGAGGUCAUGGACCCGGCUGAGUUCGCCAAGGUCCAGGAGCCGCUGUUCCACCAACUGGCCAAGUCGGUCGCCAGUCCCCACUUCCAGGUCGCCGAGCGCGCGCUCUACUUUUGGAACAACGAGUACUUUUGCAACCUUGUCAGUGACAACGUCGAGAUUAUCCUGCCCAUCAUGUUUGCACCCCUCUACGAGAACAGCAAGGGCCACUGGAAUCGCACCAUCCACGGUAUGGUCUACAACGCCAUGAAGCUGUUUAUGGAGAUCAACCCGCAGCUGUUUGACGACUGCUCUCACGAGUAUACCGAGCACCAACAGUCCGCCAGUGCCCGCGAAGCCCUGCGCGAGCACAAGUGGGCCGCCAUCCAGGAACAGGCCGACCUGCGGAAGGAUGUCAUCAGCAACAGCAACAGCAGCAGCAACAAUGGCUCCGCGGCGACCGCCAACUCGCUGUCGCGCUCACAGACUGGCGCGGCCGCGGGCGCCACGCUGCUGCCCCGUCUCGACGAAAACGACGCUGAGGACAACCAGAAGCGUCUCGACUCGCUCAAGCUGCAGGACCCGGACCGGGCCCAACGCCGACCGGGCCAGGCCCGUGAACGACAAAACUCGGCCGGCUCGUCGGGACGGUGA